UGGCGGAAGGACGCGUACGACGUCAUAUCCGGAAUAAAGCGCUGUCUCAGUGAUUAUUUACUGCUGUUGUAUGAAGCGAUCACAAUAAAGCUGGAAAUGGAAAGUUCCGCAUGGCAUCUCUCCCUGAAACUCAGUGACAAACCCAAAUCAGUCUUCCAGUUUCCAGAGAGUGAACCAGGAGAUGUCCAUCCAGGCAGAUACUUGGUAUCAACACUCAAACAGCUGAUCUCAGCACAGUUUCCAGACUCACUUCCUGACCCUGAGCUCAUAGACUUUGUGCAUUGUGGAUAUGUGCUCAAAGACGAUCUCACGUUAGACUCCUAUGGGAUUAAGUGUGGGUCAACAUUGCAUAUUAUUAAGAAAACAUGGCCAGAACCUGAGGUCAAACCUGAGCCGGUGAACAGGUCUGCAGCUGCCAGAGAAUUCAGGAUGCUUCAGGCAGCUUUGCACUCCAAUGCAGCAUACAGAGAUGCGGUGUUCAAGAUGCUGGGUAAUAAAGAAUCUUUGGACCAGAUUAUUGUGGCCUCUCCAGGACUCAGUUCAGACCCUGUUGCUUUAGGUGUGCUCCAGGAUAAAGACCUGUUUGUACAGUUUACAGACCCAAACUUGCUGGACAUGUUGAUCAGAUCUCACCCGGCAUUGGUCAACGCUAUCAUCUUGGUCUUACACUCUGUGACGAGCAGCAUGUCCAACCAAUCAAGUGCCAGCACAUCCCGCAACGCGACAGCCAGUUCUUACAGUGACAUGCCAGGAGGUUUUCUGUUUGAGGGCAUGUCUGAUGAUGAGGAAGAUUUUCAGCCUCAGGGUAGAAGUUCAUCAAGACACCAGAGACCAUUUGCAAGGUCCAGACCGAUGACACUGGGACACAGUGGAGCCACAGGACCACGUCCCAUCACCCAGAGUGAGCUAGCGUCAGCUCUAGCUUUAGCCAGCACACCUGAAGGCAGUGGAGUCACACCCACACUGGGUGGUCAAGAAAUGUCCUCUGCUGGACCGUCACUGCCAUCAGGUGUUCCUGUCACAAGCAGUCUGCUUAGUCAGGCGCUGCAGCAAGCUCUACAGUCCUCUGGUGUGAGCUCACUACAGGGACGUUGGCAAUCUCAGAUGCAGCAGUUGAGGGAUAUGGGGAUCCAGGAUGAGGAUCUUGCACUGCGCGCAUUAACAGCUACGAACGGAGACCUGCAGGCAGCUCUCGAGCUCAUCUUUGCUGGGGGAGGUGUUGUCUAAAGUUUUAACUUGGCGUUAAACUGCUGUAGACUGAGCAGGGCUAACAGUUUACUGUUAAUUAAAUGGUUACUAUUGCCUUAAAGGACUGCUUUUAAAUUUUUUACCUAAAUUUUGGAAUUGAUAAUUAAACCUCUUUCAGGUGUGUGAUUAAUGUCAAGAAUAUACAGUUGACGUCAAAGUUUACAUACACAUUAGCCAAAAACAUUUAAAUUAAGUUUUUCACUAUUCCUGACAUUUAAUCAUAGAAAACAUUACCUGUCUUAGGUCAGUUAGGAUCACUAUUUUUAUUUGUGAAAUGUCAGAAUAUAGUAAGAAUGAUUUAUUUCAGAUUUUAUUUCUUUCAUCACAUUCACAGUGGGUCAGAAGUUUACAUACACUUUGUUAGUGUUUGGUAGCAUUGCCUUGACAUUUUUUAACUGUUUGGGUAGCCUUCCACAAGCUUCUCACAAUAAGUUGCUGAAAUUUUGGUCCAUUCCACCAAACAGAACUGGUCAGGUUUGUAGACCUCCUUGUUCUGCUCAGAUUGAAGUCAGGGCUUUGUGAUGGCCACCCCAAUACCUUGACUUUGUUGUCCUUAAGCCAUUUUGACACAUGGAUGUAUGUUUGAGGCAUGCUUGGGAUCAUUGUCCAUUAACCCCUUAUCGUGACCACAAGCAGGUUAGUGACUUUACCCUCCCUAGCAACCGGGCCAAUUUGGUUGCUUAGGAGACCUGGCUGGAGUCACUCUGCACACCCUGGAUUUAAACUCGUGACUCCAGGGGUGGUAGUCAUUGUCAAUACUUGCUGAGCUAUCUUAGUCCCCAUGUGCACUGGCAAACUGUAGACUUUUCUAUGGCGGAUUUGGAGCAGACUAGUUAUGUCGAUGUAGGAUGCGUUUUACUGUGGAUAUAGAUACUUGUUUACCUGUUUCCUCCACCAUCUUCACAAGGUCCUUUGCUGUUGUUCUGGGAUUGAAUUGCACGUUUUGCAUCAAACUGCAUUCAACUCUAGGAGACAAAAUAUGUCUCCUUCCUGAGCGGUAUGAUGGCUGCAUGGUCCCAUGGUGUUUAUACUUGCAUACUAUUGUUUGUACAGAUGAACAUGGUACCUUCAGGCAUUUGGAAAUUGCUCCCAAGGAUGAACCAGACUUGGUCCACAAUUUUUUUCCUUUGUUUCUUUUGAUUUUUCCAUGAUGUCAAGCAAAGAGGCUCUGCGUUUGAAGGUAGGCCUUAAAAUACAUCCACAGGUACACCUCCAAUUCAGUAAACCUCCUCUCAGAAGCUAACUGGCUAAAGGCUUGGUAUCAUUUUCUGGAAUUUUCCAAUAUGCUUAAAGGCAGUUAUAUGUAAACUUCUGACCCACUGGAAUUGUGAUAUAGUCAAUUAAAUUAUCUGUCUGUAAACAAUUGUUGGAAAAAUUAGUUUUCAAGCACAAAGUAGAUGUCCUAAAUGACAUGCCAAAACUAUAGUUUGCUAAUAUUAAAUCUGUGGAGUGGUUAAAAAAUGUGUUUUAAUGACUUCAACAUAAGUGUAUGUAAACUUCUGACUUAAACUAACUAAUCUAUCUAUCUAUCUAUCUAUCUAUCUAUCUAUAUCUAUAUAUCUAUAUAUAUAUAUAUAUGUAUAUAUGUACACACACACACACACACACACACACACAGAGCACAAGGAUGAUUCAGUUUGGGGUCUUAAUGUAAUGUCAGUAAAUGACCACUAGGUGACAGUGUAUGCCCAUAUAAGGGAUUGAGUCAGUACUGGGCUUUACACUUAUCAGUAGGUGUGUGUGUACAAAAUAAUGCUGUAAUUAGUAUCAAUUGACUCAAACCACCCAAUACCAAUCCAGAUGUUGGUUAAGAAAAAUGAUCGACUGAUCAAAUCUAAAACAAAACAAAAACUUUUAGAUAUUUUUCAAUGACAUUAUUUUUGUGACAAUGCAUUACUAACUCCUUUUUGUAUUCCCCUUAUUCUCAGUGGGGAUAAAACAUUGUUAUUACUGUAAUACAUUUUUUUAAAUGGAUUUGAAUUUUUUGUGUUUUUUAUCUGCAUAGAAGCUGUACAACAAAUAUUAUACAUUUUUAAAACUUAGCAAUAUACAGAAACAUGCCUUUUCUUUGCAAUACAGUAAUACAAAUGUAGGUGAAAAUAUGCUUUUUUUUUAUGCAAAAUCUAUUUCUUAUCUCUUUCUUUUGAUGUUGGAAUGAAACAUGCCCUGGACAUGUUCUUGGCAUGUUUUGUAAUGAUAUUUACCUGAUUAGAAUAUCUCUGGUUCCACUAAAUUCAUACAAUAUAAACCUAAACCCUCUUGUGCAGGUACUUUAAAAUUCUCAUUCAAUCAACACGUGCACUUGGAAGAAGCUGCCCUGUCUAAUAGUGGCUAAUAGCCAAACUCAUUGCUCUUCUCUUAUUGUCAACCUGACAAAACCUCACAAUAAAUCUGUCAAGUCUUUUUCUGGUUUUGUCAAUGGGUUGCUGAGAGAGACAAAUGCUAUUCCUCCACUUCUCUUCACUCCUUUUGGAGUCCUCCACAAUGGCCUCUAAUUACCCUCCUCACUUUUAUAGCGCAGUUCGUAAAUUAGAUCUCACCUUUUGUGCUGGCAGGGUAUCUAAACACGCUGCCCUGCUGCAUUACGGACUUGCACACACAGCUGCAUGCAAUAUCCUGAGUCUGUGUAGUUUACAUAUGGUCCUCAGGUGGGUGUGUGCAGAAUUACUGUUAAAAGAGUAUAUAUUUAUAUUUGAUUUAUCAGACACUGUUUGUUCAAAGAGGAACUGUGCCCUACUGGCAGUGUCUGUUUGAUGAAUGAAGUUCUUAACCAGGAUUUGUGCUCCAGAAUCUCAUAUGGGCUUCGCUAGUUUCUUUACUGUGCCGCAGGCUGUCCACAAGCCAAGUUAAUGUAACUACACCAGCACAGGUCUAACAGUUCCAUUUCAACUCUGUUACUACUGUGAUGCACAGUGUCUUGAAGAGGAACUUCUGCCCCUUUUGUCUACUACAAUAAGGCAGUGAGUGUGCAAUUAACAUUAGGUCGGCUCCCCAAAAUUGCUUUCAGUCAAACGUGACUAGCCUGAAAAGAGAAAGAGAGAGAGAGAGAUGCAGGAGUGGACACUAGAAGGGAAACAAGUUGACCAAGAAAGAAAGUGGACACUAGAAGAAAAGAUGGAAACCAAGAAAGAGAGGAAGGCAAGGAUAGAGUAAGGAGGCACCAGGAGGAAAGAAGGAAGGAAACCAAGGGGGAAAGGAAGGAGGGGAACCAACAAGAAAGAAAGAAAUAAUAUUAAAGUAUGUGAUAGGUUUGUUCUCUCAGCUGGAUGUUUUUUUUUUUCUAUUCUGAACUUUUUCUGAUGUUUCACUAUUUAUUCUUGUGUGACUGGUGUACUGUUAUUGUCAUCAAUCCAUACAAGCUUGACUGGAAAAGUGAGAUGACUUCCUGUGCAACAGACCAUUUCUAAAUCAUUGUCUAUGGAUUAAAAAAUAUUUCACAACAGAGAGACACACACACAUCUUAAUAUCGUAGAGGUUUCUCAACUAUAAUGAACUUGAAGAAAUAGUUCUCCCAAAACAGAAAAACUCAAAACGUGAUAGAUAAUGUGCCAUGGGAUGUGGGGGUGAACCUAUCUCUAUUUCAUUUACAGAUGGUGACACUGCUCCCUCAAUUACGACAACAGUAGCUCUCAUAUGGGCUGUAAAACAUGGUUAGUUAAUGGUAGCUUGUCCUGUAAGAGUCACAAACAUGUCUGAGAUUGAAUGAAUAUUGCCUCACACUGCAGCUCUUUAGAAGCGUAAGGAAAUCUUUUGUCCUCGGACAUUCUUCUUUCAUUCUUCAAGAAAAAACAUUCACUUACAGAAAACUCACCCAUAGUAGAUGUGGUAAACUGACAUUGACAAGAAAAACUCUUAGUGUAUCCCUUGCCUUAAAUAACCUGUUGCUAUGGUGACAGAAUGUCAGGGUAUUUCUUUUUAUUAUUUUAUGAAAACCAUUUAGUAUUUACAAAUGCAUCUUAUUUUGCAGAUUCUUUCAAUGUUAAGAGAACACGUGUGUCUUUAUAUCCUGCUUGUGGUUAUCUGGCAUUAAAUGUCAAGCGGUGACAGAGAGUGUGACACUUAAUUUACUGUAUAUACUGUAUGUGUACUGCUUACAAUGCUUCAAAUAAAUAAAGAAAAUAAA